ACGACGUAGACAGAACCACGGAGCACUUCCUUAGUACUGCCCCAAGAACACCAAGGACACACCACAGUCCAGUGGCCCCUUACAGUUGGGUGCCCGUUGCCCUCUUUUAGCGUGUGCCCAACUAUUGUAGCUGUAUUGCACUGUGCCGGCAACUGGGCCAAGGCCGUUACAAAGGCAUGGAACGUCAAGGCGGAACUGCCUGUCACAAGUAGCAUCCUGUGACCGCAGGCCGCGCACUCGAGCAGCUGAGUAGCUUACAUGGACAGCAGAUGCUCCCUUCGCGGAUUCCGCGGUAUGUACAGCGGUCGGAGGUGUCCAUUUGUUCUCAGGAGUGAACGGUGGAAAUGCUUCCCUGGCGCUUAGCGUCUCCGGAAUUAAGCACGAUUGGUGUACACUACAAAACGUCAGAAGUUGUUGGCACGGAUUGGGGCCCUGCACUAUGCCUUAGCUUUCAUCGGGGGUACGCCUCGGGUUGCCUAAUUCAGUAGAAGCGGUUCUGGACCGUGCGUACUAUGUAUCUUGUUGUAUCACCUGUUGUUGCAUCAAGAGGUUCUUAAGGGGCAACUGCAGGGUGUUUUCGCUGGCACUGGGCGGUUGGGUCAGCCCUGGGUCGCAGGUCAGUUGGGCAUGCUGUUUGGCUUUGUGAUGCAGCCGUUUAUUCAUGCGUGCUAGACAGGUACUACAUAGUGCACUUAGGUCAUAUCCUCCAUGCUGCAAGCUCGGAUGCUGGCGGUUUGUAUUGGUGCACCAAACAUAUGGUUGCAUUGCUUUUUACCGGAACUUAACCUGUCUUUUUGCUUUUGUACAUAGUCUUUAUAAAAACAUAGUUUAUGUCGGCUUUUGCGUAGUUACUCGGGCCGUUCCUCAGGCGGUGAAACCUGCUAUUAUGAAAGUAAAAGCAACGUGACGCUUUUCAUUCGUUGUUUAUGUAGCUGUUUGUGUUUGAGCCAUGGAGGUCUCCGCAGCGCUUCCCGGUCCUGGUCAACCUGUUCCCGCGGUUGCUUCCCUAGCGUCCGCUCUGCGUAUCGGCGAGGAGGUCUUCCGUGAGGCCUUGCAAAAGGCUCCGACACUUCCAAAAUUAUCAGACAUUGGAAGGGCGCCAGCUACACUCGCGGACGCUAUUUUGGCCAGGGAUGCAAAAGAAGAGGAGCGCCGAAGGCGUGAAGCCGUCAGGAAGGAUGUCAAGAUAAAAAGCAAACAGGUUUCGCCCUUACCAGCUGUUGUAGAGCAGGCGGCGCCGGCGCCCACGCCAGGGUUGCAAAUCGGCAAUGUCAACGAGGCGUCCGCUUUUUGGAUGUUUGUGGAGGAUUACUUCCGCGACGUGACACAAGAGGACAUUAUGGCGCUCUUGCCAGUGGCGCUUGACCCAGAGGAGGAUGACUGCUUGACUGUGCCCUUCCUUGGCCGUGAUCCACGUGCUGUGGACCGGCCUGUCCCCACCAAGGGCAGGCCGGCCUUUAUGCGCGAGGAGGACGAUGCACAGGAGCAGCGUCGCGGAAGAGGUCGGGGUGGUGGCAAGGUGGACCUGCGCUUCAGCGACGCGGCAGCAGCACCUGGCAGCUUCAGCCAGCCUCUGCUGCCCCAAACCCCCCUCUCAAUGCAACCCACGCAAGAUGCCCUCGUGCAAGGGUGGCGCCCGGAUGGCAGGCCCGCGGCGAACAUGCUUGAAGCAUGCACGGACGACGAAGCCCGCGCGUUCUGCAAGCUCGCCCACAAGCUAGGUCUGCUUGACGAUGAGGGGACAGGGCUUCAAGGCAGCAGCGCUGCACCCCAGUUUGACUCCAUGGACCGCUCUCAGCUAGACCAGGUGCUACUGAAGGUCAGCCAACUGGGCGACCUUGGCGCAGGGGACGGCGGCCUGUUGCAGCCCGCAGGCGUCGGUCAGCUGCCAUGGUCAUCUGCGAACGGCCCUAGUGAUGCAGCCAGGGGGGCUUCUGCUGGUCCGGCAGCGGCUGGUGAUGAGGACGCAGUGUCUUCGAACCGGGGGGUGGGCCAUGAAGUCCCCCGUGCCGCAUGUGGCGACUUUAUGCACCCCUACCUGCGCAGCAUGUUGGAGCGGCCCUGCACGGCGUACGUCCUGCACCCCUCUGGCGGCACCAGCAGCCUCCUAGAUGGCGGCCAGGAGGAGGAGGACGCCGCGGGCGGGGGCUAUGGGGGCGGUGCGGCGGGCAGUGUCAGUGGCGGCAAGGCCAUGCGUGGAAGCCAGGCCGGCGCGGCGGGGGGAUACAUGACCAAGACGCCAGCGGGCGGCAAAGCAGCCUUGAAAAUGCAAGCCAGUGGGCUGCAGGACAUGGGGGCGACACCGCUGCAGGAGCCGAACAGCCUUGGGGGGACCGGCUUUAUGUCCAUGCAUGCCGACAUGAACGGCCCCCAUGGACCUGCUUUCGAGCUGCAGCAGCUCCCUCCGCUGCCUCCCUCAGCACAGCAGCAUAUGGAUGACCCUUCUGGUGCCGCUGCGGGCUCCAUGGCCCUGAUGUCGGCUGCCACGCCGUCCUUUAGCAUGCCCGGCUCGGCCCCUGACAGGGCCACCACUGGCGGCAGUGGCUCCCGCGGCGGCCGAGCGCGCACCGCCAUCAACUACAGCGCGCUUGCGGGCAAGAAGGACAAGGAGCGGGAGCGUGAGAUGCGGGAGCGCGAGAAGGAGGAGCGUGCCAAGUCGGGGGUGCCGAGGAUGAAGCGCAAGCCGGGCCCCAAGGCGGGCGCCAGUUGGGGCUCGGGGGGGCUGGCGGGGCUGCAGCGGCCGCCCACCAGCAACCCGCUGGCGCUGCUGAACAAGGUGCCGCUGCUGUUCAAGGAGGACCCGGGGGCGAAUGCGGUGGCGGCGGCGGUGCAUGCAGUGGUGACGGAAGGCGGUCCCGAGGGCACGCUGGAGGAGCAGUGGGCCCAGUUGGAUGCGGCUGCCGACGUGAUGUCCAUGGCGCCCGAUGACGAGGUGCUGGCGGAGCUGCUGGCGCUGCAGAGCGAGCUGGUGCAGCAGGUUGCCAUCAACCGCUCCCGUGUGUCCAAGGUGAUGGAUGCGGUGGUGUCAGACCUGCCGCUGCAGCGCGCCGCCAACCAGCAGCGUGCGGAGAUGGAGGAGCAGAUCCGGCUGUACCUGCAGCGCAAGGCGGAGCUCAAGCGCAACCAGAAACGUGAGAAGCGCGAGAUGGAGAAGCGCCAGGCGCUCGCCGCGCUCAACGAGCCCGCCAGUCCUCGUCCGGGGCCAGGCCGCCCCAAGAAGAUCACGAGCGUGCCGCUGGUCAGCAGCUUGGAGGGCGCGACGUCAGCUGGGGAGGGCAUGGAGGGUGCGGAAGGCGGGUGGCGGGGUGCUGCGGGCGCAGGGGCGGGUGGCGGCGGCGAGGCAGCUCCCAUGGAGCUGGUUCCCGCGGCGGAGGACUUUGAGCUGGUGGACCCGCUGGCACAGAGGACUCACGACGAGGAGGCGCUGUGCGCAAUUUGCGGCGACGGGCAGUCCGUGGAGCCCAACAUGAUUGUGUUUUGCGAGCGCUGCGACAUCGCGGUGCACCAGCAGUGCUACGGAGUGCACAGCAUCCCGGCAGAUGAGUGGCUGUGCUGGCCAUGUCGGCUGUACGAGGAGUCGCAGCGGGCUAACGGCGUGCCGCAGAGCGAGAUCCGGCCCAAGCGCUGGGAGAUGGACGCUCGCGGCAUCACCAAUGCGGAUCUGCCCGGCGGUUCCCCGGCGGCGGGGUGCUGCCUGUGUCCCGUUCGGCAGGGCGCCUUCAAGCGAACCACGGACGGCAAGGCGUGGUGCCACGUGGUGUGCGGGUUGUGGCACGAGGGCCCGGUGGUGUUGCCCGUGGACUCGCCGGACGCGGUGGACAACGUGGGCGCCAUCAAGGCGGAGCGCUGGCGCUCGCAGUGCGCGCUGUGCCAGAGGGUAGCCGGCGCGGUGGUCAAGUGUAACUUUGGUCACUGCCAGGCCACCUUCCACCCGUUGUGCGGCCGCCGCAACGGCAACUACCUGGUAGCUCGGCUGCAGCCCGGGUCGCGCACGCUGCGCUACCGGGCCUACUGCCACAACCACUCGGAGGGGCAGCGUGCCAAGGACAUGAACACCGGGGCGGCGGCCAGGGCUUACGAGGUGAUGGGCGCUGCCGCAGCCCCAGCUCCCAAGCCCAUGAAACGCGGAAACUCGGUGGGGUCGCUUGCCGGGCUGGAGGGCGAGGCGGUGGUGGUGGCGGCCGGUGCCGCCGCUGCGUUGCCCGCUGUGCCAAGUCAGCCCGAGGUGGCCUCUGCUGCUGAUACCGAGGCGGCAGCAGCGCCUCCCCCGCUGGUCCCUCCGGGGCCGUUGAUCGUCAAGAAGAGGUUUGGGCGGCCGCCCAAGCUGUUCAAGCUGCAACAACAGCAGCUGAUGCAGAUGCAGAUGGCGCAAGCAGCACAGGCCGCUGCUGCUGCUACUGCCGCUCCAGCAGAGCCACCCACAAGCCUACCAGCAGCCCCCUCUCCCCUGCCGGAGACCGCUCUGCCACCUCCAUCAGCGCCUGUCAUGCAGCCCCCCGCAGCUGCCCCUGCUGAAGCACCCCCAGCGCCCGCCGCAGCACCCGCAGCUGCCGAGCCCACCGGAGCCACAGCCCCGGCAGUGCUGCCACCGCUGGCCGCCGCUACCGCAACCACACCUGCUGCAGCGGGUGCCGCCGCCGCAGCAGCAGCAGCAGCCCCGGCCCCUCCUGGGAGACCUCCACUUCCCGCCUCGAGGCUCUCCCUAUCAGCCAUAGCCAAGCGCAAGGCCGCGGCUGCGGCUGCCGCCGGAGAGCCGGCAGCUCAGGCGCCAGCGGCUGCUGUUGCAGCUGCAACCGCAGGGGCAGCCACGCUUCCUCAGCAGCUGUCGGCUGGCGCCGCUGCUGAGGAGGCUGGAGCGGCUCCCAGCGGAGGCCGCGCCACUCCCUCUGCAAGCCAGCAGAAGCAGCAGCCGCAACCACCACCACUGCAGGCUACUGGCGAGGCGGGUGGUGCUGCGGAGCAGCAGCAGCAAGUGUCAAGUCAGGCUGGCGGUGAGGACGUGACUCCAGCCGCAGCGACGGCAGCGGUGCCACCAGCUGCAGCGGGCGAAUUAAAGCCAGUGGUGGCAACGGCUGCGACCAGCAUGACAAGCAGCGGCACAGUCGGCGGCGCAGCAGCCGCUGCUCCCUACACUGCUAAGAGCGCCGGUACCCGGGCAGCUGCUAGGGCUCGCCAGUCCUCCUCUGGGGCCACUGCCGCCCAAACCCCUGCCACGGCUGCUGCCGCUGCUGCCACAACCGCAACCUCUGGCCCCAAGCAGCAGCGCUUGAAGGCUAUGUCGGCAGCAGCAGCAGCAGUCCCGGUUGUGAAGGAGGAGGAGGCCGCGGCAGCGGAGGCUGACGCUGCCGCCGCUGGGCCGUCGACCUCGGCUGCGGCAGGGACAGGGGCCCAGGUUGCACCCGCCACCGCCGCCGCCACCGCUGGUGAUGGUGAAGGUACGGCAGGUGUGGCGCCGCCGCAGCCUCGCGGACCUGCCACGCUGGAGCGGCUGGCGGAGUUGGAGCACCAGCGGUCGGCGCUGGGGCGGUGGGGGCCCAGCAGCAUUCGUCAGGAGCUGGAGCUGCUGAGGACCAUGGCGGAUACGGUUCGCCGGCGGGAGCGCUGCAAGCGGUCGCUGUACCGGCUGCUGCGGGACGCCCUGGCGGAGCAAGACACACAGCCGGAGGCGGUGCUGUCAGUCCUGGAGAACUGGGAGUGGCCACAGGUGGACGAGGUGUCGGACCCCUUCUCCGCAGAGGACCGCACCCAGCCGCCGCUGGAGACCGUCCUAGACCGCUUCCUGGAAGCAGCAGGCAAGGCAGCGCAGGCCGGCACCAGCGCUGCCGCAGGCGACGACACGGCGGCCGCCGCUGGAGACGCUGAAGCUGACGCUGACGCCGCUGCUGAUGACGCGACAGCUGCGGUGUCCGGUGGCGGCGGCGCCGCUGUCAGCGCCGGCACCCGCCCUGCCGCUGGCGUGUCGGGGGUAAAGCGCCAGCGAGGAGCGGCAGCAGGGCAGCCGGCUGAGGCGGAUAGCGGUCCUGCUGCGGGCGGCGCUGGGGGUUCCUCGCCGGCAGCUGCUGGCGGGCCUGCGGGUAGCGGCGGCGGUGAGGGGGAGGAGCCGCCACCGACCAAACGGUUAAAGUUGAAACGCAACACGGCAGCUGCUGGUGCUACUGUUGCCGCUGCCGCUGCUGCCGGUGGUAGUGGCGGGGGUGCAGCAGGCGUUGGUGGUAGCUUUGCGGCCCCCAGUGCGGGGGGUGCAGGGGAGACGCCGCGCACCUGCUCCCGGAGCACGCGGCAGGUGGGCAGCAGGGCGGCGUCGGGGGGUGCGCCCUCCUCGGCCUCGCAACCGCCUGCUGGGGGUCAGCCGGCGGAGGCGAUGGCUGAGGUGGGCAGCGGCGAGCAGCAGCCGGCGGAGGCGGCGGCAGCUGGGACUGCCAAGAAGGCCAAGCUGGCGGCAGGACCGCCGAAGCCAGCAGCGCGCGCUGAUGACGCCGGAGAGACCAUAAAGGAAAUCAUGAGCGGCCGGGACUGGCGGAGACGCGUGGUGAAGGGGCCGGACGGCAGCUGGGUGCCGCGGCCUACGGGGAAGGGCAGCCGAGCGAAUGCAUCAAAGGGCACGGCAGGUGAUGCUGACGCCGGCGAGGAUGGUGCCGCUGCAGCUGCUGGCCGUGACGGCGCGGAGGAGGGCGCAGGAAUUGCCGCCGCUGCGGCGGGGUCUGCUGAUUGCGGGGAUGCAGGGGAGGAUGAGGUGUUUGUGGACGCGGAGGAAAGGUUCACAAAUGAGGGGCAGGGUGGAGACAAGGACGGGGAGGAUCAGGAGAUGGCGGACACGGCCGUGCAGGCAGGCGGGGCAAGUGGAGCUGCUGGGGCCGAGGGACGGCCCCGUCGCAGCCGUCGUAACACUCGUGUUGCGACUGUUAGUAGCAGCGGCAACGAUGUGCAUGCAGGAGCAGCAGCAGCAGCAGCAGCAGCUACUGGCAAAGGUGGGGGUGGUGUACGGAGCGGCGGCGGCGGCGCUGGCAACGCCGAAGGCAGCGGCGAGGGCGGGGAUGGUGGGGCAGCAGCAGCAGCCGGUCUGGGCGGGAGCUCAGCGGUGGCUAUGGAUGAGGGCGGCGGCGGCGGUGACGUGUCGCCGCAAGCCACCUCGCCGCGUGGGGCGAGUGCGGUUGCCGCGGGGGAGGAGGAUGGGGACACGGCCAUGGCUGACACGGAUGUGGCGGAGGGGGUUGUUGCAACGCCCGGCGGUGUGGGGGGCUCUCAGGAGGCGCCAGAUCAGCAACAGCAGCAACGGCCCGAUGCAUCUGAUGCACAGGAGGCUGAAAACGCGGCGGCAGGAGGGGAUGCGGCAGGGCCUGGUGCUGCUGAGGUUGCGGACGGGGCGACGGAGGGGACGCCUGUGCCUGCACGGCAGCAGCAGCGGGAGGGGCCGGGGAGCGCUGAGGGGGCUGAGGCAGGCGGCGAUGUGGGCGGCAGCGGCGACAAGACACAGCCCGGGUCGGACGGAGGCAGCUUCAACUCUGACGAUGCCCCCAUAGCGGUGCUGUCCCGCGCCGCGGAGCUGCCGCGCGAGCCGCGAGCCCUCAUGAGCCAGCGCACCGCAGAGGCCCUCAACGCCUUACUACCACCAGGCUACCGCUUUGAGAAGAAGCCGUAGCCUUUUUGGUUACAGCACCUUUUGUGCCGUUGGUUGGGUUGGGGCCAUUAGGUCGGGCCGCACUAGUAGCCACGGGUGGGCCCGUCCGCAAUUCCCCGCACCCUCCAUUUCGGCACCCCUCCGCCAAGACGGGUUGGGUAUACGGCGUAAGCGUGUGGAACGUGCUGCCGUACGUUUUGUUGUGGCCGUUAGGGUGAUACGCUUUAGAGCCAUGUUGGGGGAGCUCUGUCGUUUCCAUGUGGCUUCAAGCUGUGGGCUUGCAGGCCUGUCGAGACGGCUGUGCAUGUUUGUGUUUUGGGUGGUCGUGGUGUUGUGUUGUGUGGUUAGGGGCAGACGCGUUGGCUCGCCCUAAAGGACAAACGACGAGUGUGUUUCCUCGGGGGUCGUUGGGGAUUUGAUUUGGCGCAUACGUAAGAGUGACGCUUCGCCGCUCGAGCCGAAUCGUGCUUCAUGAUGAGGGGAAACGCUUGCAAGAGGGGUAUCAUCAUUUGUUUGUUCCGCGCCCCUUCUGGCGACACACACGACCAGAUGUGGCAGGACCCCCUAUCUGGCAUGUGGACGAGGAGCGGUGCUGGGUCUGCCGGGUUUUGCUGCGAGAGAUGGGGUUUUGUGGGAGGUGGGUGCCAGGGUUCAUGGUUUGAAUUAUGGUACGUGGCCAGCUGCCAUAUCUUUUGAAUUGUGUGGUACUGAAGACGUUUUCCAUCAUGACCUAGGUAUAGGAUAGAAGACACUGACACGUCGUGCCAUUGACCGACAGCUGACAGUGUGAGGGAAUGCUUUCUGGCAGGCCAAAAGCCGUCGCUCGAAGAGUGGGAGACGUGGGUUGUUCCUUGUGAGCCCAUUUAGGUUAGGUUGUAACGCGUG